AUGCUCCAAGCACGGGGCUAUUCUGUGAGGUAUGAACAGCUUUUCGAUUUGUUGGAUUUUGUAGGUAAAACCUGCCCAUGGUUUCCUGAGAAAGGAAAGAUUGAGAGUUGCCCCGAUGACAGCAAUACGGAAAAGGAAGAUGACGAAGGCUACACAAGGGACCGAGGUGUCAACAUGGGGUCAGCUGAAGAACCCCGGGGAACAGGCCGAGAGGGCGGCGGGGUCCGAAGCCUGCUCAAGUCCGGAUCCCGGGGCCGGGCCGGCCGGGCCGCGGACCGCUGGCUGCAGGGUUGGGCGGAGCCGUCCCCGGCGCAGACGCGGCACCGGAGAGCUCCAGAGCGGCCCCCAGGAGGGAUUCCUGGUGCGGCGACCGGGCGUGGGGUGAGGCCUGGCUGCCCCGGGCUGGGCACAGCCCGCUGGGGGCGGGGCCGCGAGCUCACCCCGGCUCUGGCGCGGGGACUUGGCCUCGCGCGCGCACCUGGCACAGCGACGUACCCGGGACCACAGGAUGGACCUGCGAAAGAAAGGUGUUUGGCAUCUGAUAUUGACUGGCAUCUUCAGGCUCAAAUCUGGCAGGUUGGCGAGUCCCUGGGCCCGAGGCUCCUCAGAGCAUGGCCGCAGUGUCCCCCCAGGUGGCCAACCCAUUUCCUUCCGCUCUACCUUGACGAGGCCACCAUUCAGUGUGGCCGGGUCCCUGGACUGAGCCCACACCCCAGCCCAGACUUCAAAGACACCUUGAUGCCGGACAUCAGCAUGAUGUCUGUGUAACCUCACAGUGCCUGGU